UCUCCCCCCAUCACUUGCAUCAAGUUUCUUCAAUCACCGUUUCAUCGGUUUCUUAGCGUCGUUCGAAAGCUGUUCAAGCUUGCGUUUUUUCGUUCUCUCUCUCUUCUGGGUUUUGUGUUUGAUUGUGAUAUUGCAAGAGGGGAAGGAAAAUGUUGGGUAUAUUCAAGAAGGGUCUGGCUCACCCGCCGCAGGAGCUCAACAGCCCUCACCCGUCGAAGAUCGCCACGAGGGAGCCCAAGUUUCCGAGGGAGAUCUUGGAGGAUUUCUUGGCUACCCAUCAGUCCAGCAGCAGCAAUGCCUUCUCGGUUAGCUUUGAAGACGGUGCUUUGCUCGCUUAUGCUCGCCCUCAGAAGUCCUACUCAGUCCAUCAAAGAUUGUUCUGUGGCUUGGACAACAUCUACUGCAUUUUCCGGGGCAGCCUGAACAACCUGUGCAGCCUCAUCAAGCAAUAUGGCCUGUCGAAGGGCACGGACGAGGCCAUGUUCGUGAUCGAGGCCUACCGGACCCUCCGCGACCGGGGCCCCUACCCGGCCGAUCAGGUCCUCAAGGAUCUGGACGGCGACUACGGCUUCGUACUCUACGAUGGCAAGGCCGGGACCAUUUUCGCCGCAUCUGGAGCAGAAGAAGGGGUGAGGCUGUUCUGGGGGAUUGCAGCAGAUGGGUCUUUGGUGAUCUCGGACAACUUGGAGGUCGUGAAAGGGAGCUGUGUCAAAUCAUUUGCUCCAUUCCCAGCAGGAUGUAUGUUUCAUAGCGAGCAUGGAUUAAUGAGCUUUGAACAUCCGACGAGCAAAGUGAAGGCAAUGCCGAGGAUCGACAGCGAGGGGAUCAUGUGCGGGGCCAAUUUCAAGGUUGAUGUCCAGUCCAAGGUUCACGUCAUGCCACGUGUCGGGAGCGAAGCCAAUUGGGCAAUUUGGGGUCAAAAUGCAUGAUGGUGAUCCCUAAGGAACCACCAUUAAGCAAUGACAAUCGGACAGUUGGAUUCUUCUUUUGUAAUUUUUUCAAUUUCCUGCUUGAAUUUUUCGUCGUCGUUUUCUGUUUUUUCCUCUUUCGAGCUGACUUUGGUGGGGUUUCCAUUGGGGAAAAUUGCACCAUGCCCCUGAUUUUUCUUUGCUUUCUGUACAUGUUUAACGCUUUAGAACAUCAAUAAAAAGGAUGUGAUUUGAGA